CCUGCCAGCAGGGCCAUGUGUACCAGCCUGACCACUUGUGAAUGGAAGAAAGUCUUCUAUGAGAAGAUGGAGGUGGCAAAGCCGGCUGACAGCUGGGAACUCAUCAUAGACCCCAAACUCAAGCCCAAUGAGCUGGCCCCUGGCUGGAAGCAGUACCUGGAACAACAUGCCUCAGGCAGGUUCCACUGCUCCUGGUGCUGGCACACCUGGCAGUCGGCCCACGUGGUCAUCCUCUUCCACAUGCAUCUGGAUCGCGCCCAGCGGGCGGGCUCGGUGCGCAUGCGCGUCUUCAAGCAGCUGUGCUACGAGUGCGGCACGGCGCGGCUGGACGAGUCGAGCAUGCUGGAGGAGAACAUCGAGAGCCUGGUGGACAACCUCAUCACCAGCCUGCGCGAGCAGUGCUACGACGAGGACGGCGGCCAGUACCGCAUCCACGUGGCCAGCCGCCCGGACAGCGGACCGCACCGCAGCGAGUUCUGCGAGGCCUGCCAGGAGGGCAUCGUGCACUGGAAGCCCAGCGAGAAGCUGCUGGAGGAGGAGGCGACCACCUACACCUUCUCUGGUGCCUCCAAGCCAGGGGCUCGGGAGGGUUCAGGCUACCACUUCUUCUCCCUCCGCUGGUGCCUCUUCUGGGCCUGCCUCUGCCUGCUCAUUGCCUACCUGCAGUUCUCCUUUCGCAGCUCUGCCUUCUUUUAG